UUCGGCCACUCACUGAUCCGACGCACAAUGCAGCGCAUGGACUCCACUUUCAGGGAGACCCACGUGGGUGUAAAGCUCAGAGAUACCUUCUUUAACCCUGACAUGCUCCUCGAGUUCCAGAUGAUCGACGAGCUUGUUCGCGGCCUCAUCUCCACACCGAUGGAAACUCUCGACAACUUCCUAACGGAGGAGAUCACCAAACACUUGUUCGAAGACGCAGCCAUUCCGUUCUCCGGCCUCGAUCUCGCGGCUCUCAACAUCCAGCGCGGACGGGAGCAUGGCCUCCGCUCCUACAACGAGUACCGAGCCGUGUGCAACCUCCGGCGUGCCAGGACCUUCGAGGAUCUGUCGAGGGAGAUCAAGCCGGAGCUGAUCGAAAAGCUGAAGAGGGUGUACAAGAGUGUCGAGGACAUCGAUUUGUUCACUGGUGGCCUGUGUGAAACGCCCCUCCAAGGUGGCAUCAUCGGACCGACAUUUGGCUGUGUCAUAGGCCUUCAGUUCUCCUUCCUCAGAAAGUGCGAUCGUUUCUGGUACGAGACGUCGGACUCCAACCUUCGCUUCUCGGAGGAGCAGCUGGCGGACAUCCGCAGGUGA